GCCUCCAGCCCCCAUCCGUUCUCCGCUGCAGUUUGGGGGCGAGAUCGGAUCAGGACCGUGGACUCCAACCGCGCGAGCCCUCCGAGGUCGGGGGCAGUGCGCGGCGUUCGCCGCGGGGUCAUGCUGCGAUGGCUCAAGGGCGACGCGAACCGGUCUAAGGAGAGCAAGGCCUUCUGCACCGUCACCGAGGGCCUUCAGAGGAUAUACCGUGAGAAGAUCCUGCCGGUCGAGAAGGAGACCGACUAUCACUGGUUCUAUUCACCAGAGCUCACGGACGCGGACUUCGCUUCGCGGCCCAUGUGGCGGCGCGCGCGCCAGUACUCCACCGGCAAGAGCACCUUCAUCCGCCACAUCCUCGGGCGCGACUACCCGGGCCUCCGCAUGCGGGGCGCAGGCCUUCGCUCGAGAGGCAUCGGCCCUCGGGGCCUCGCGCCCACGACGGACAAGUUCGUGGCCGUGGUUCACGGCGAUCACGACCAGGUCAUCCCUGGCAACGCGCUGGUCGUUGACAAGUCUAUGCCGUUCACGCAGCUGAGCCACUUCGGUAAUGCUUUCCUCAGCCGCUUCGAGGCUGCGAAGCUGAACAGCGCUGUGUUGGAGGGCAUCAGCCUGAUAGACUCGCCAGGGGUCUUGGCGGGCGAGAAGCAGCGGGUGAACCGGGGCUAUGAGUUCGAGGCCGUCACAAAGUGGUUCGCAGACAGGGUUGACAUGAUACUCGUUCUCUUCGACGUUUCCAAGCUGGACAUUUCAGACGAGUUCCGCCGCGUGCUUCUGGCCAUCAAGGGCAACGACCACAAGAUUCACAUGGUUCUCAACAAGGCCGACCGCGUCACGACGCCGCAGCUUAUGCGAGUGUACGGUGCCAUGAUGUGGUCACUGGGCAAGGUGAUCGAUACUCCAGAGGUGUCCCGCGUGUACAUCGGAUCGUUCUGGGACGAGCCCCUCACCAACGACGAGCAGCGCAGGCUCUUCGAGUCGGAGGAAAACGAGUUGUACACGGCCUUGGCCAAGCUUCCCCGCGGCGCUGCCGUGAGGAAAUUGAAUGACCUAAUCAAGAGAGCACGGUUGGCCAAAGUGCACGCUUACAUCAUAGACUACUUGAAACGGAAGAUGCCGACUAUGUUUGGGAAGUCCAAGGAGAAGGAGAAGUUGAUAGCGAAUCUGACGCAGCACUACCAAGAGAUUGCCAAGGAGAGGGGGUUGCCUCUGGGAGACUUUCCAGAUCCGCGAAUGAUGCAGGAGAAGCUUGCCUCUGUAGACUUCUCCAAAUUCGCCAAGGUGGACAAACGGAAGAUCGACACGCUGGACCUGAUGCUUAGCCACGAGAUCCCGAAACUCCUCCAGCUGAUUCCGGAGGAGGUGUCGCAGGUUUCGGAUGCUGUGUUGAACCAGGUCGGUCCGGAGGCUUCGCCUUUUGCCGUAAUGAAGGUGAACGGCCAGACGGAAACCAGCGUCUACCAAACGCAGUGGCUGGUACCCCCUAAUCCCGAGGAGUACAAGGCGGACUUUGUGCAGCUCGGCCCCAACGCGGCGGGGAAGGUGUCUGGGCAGAGGGCAAAGACGAAGCUGGUCGAGAGCAAGCUGCCCUCGAACAUAUUGCACAAGGUGUGGACGCUGGCCGACACGGAUAAGGACGGGAUGCUCACGCUCUACGAGUACUCGCUGGCCAUGCACUUCAUCAAGAUGAAGCUCGACGGCCAGGAUCGGCGGCAAGCCCAGGGGGUACGUGAGAGGGCGCGGGCCUUCUCGGGAGGCUCGCAAGCUCCCCUGCCUUCUGAGAAGCGCUCGGAGCCUUCCCCGGAGGCGCGGAGCAGUUCUCAGAACGUCGGAGGGCUUCUGAGGAGCCCCGCUGCCUUCCGAGAGCGCCUUCUUCUUCCCCCUUCCGCCCCCCGCUCGCCGCCGACAGGAUCUUCCGGCCACUCUUCCGGAGCGCAUGCUCCCCUCGUCGGUCGGCACGGGGUGAGGCGCCGAGGGGCGCUCUCGCCGCCUGGCCCGUCCUCUCGGAGGCGCGGAGAACCAAAAACGGCAUAA